CAGACAUGGUGGUCGUUAAACCCUAAACCCUCGAAGCAGAGAGAGAGGGACAGAGACGCACCGUAAACCCUCGAAGCAGAGAGAGGGACAGAGAUUUAAACCCUAAACUCCGAAGCAGAGAGCGGGACAGAGACGCAGAGAGAGGGACAGAGACGCAGAGAGCGGAGGCAACUUGGGUUUGUCCAAAACACCUCAAAGCUGCAAACUUUUCUGCUCACGAGUUUUGGGGGAUAAACUGGUUCGAGUGAUCGAUGGGGCAAGGCCUUUGAAGAUUGAUAUCCUCCCUGUUAAAGCUGGAAACGCACCAUGCCCCUUAAAUUAAUAGCCAAUUUUGCGAUAGAUUGUUUUUAUUUUAUUUUGUUUCGUCUUGUCUGUAUACAUUGUUAAUAUAUACAGAGUUAAGAGCUGGGAUGGCAAUAGACGGGAGUUUCAGUCUCGAAUUUGCGCUCAGAAGGUUCCUGGCGCGCUGCCCUGAGCUCAGAAGCAGGCCGCGGUUCACCGAGCUGGUGAGGGAGGGAAAUGUGUUACGUGAGGAUGAAGUGAUCGCUUCAGUGGCUGAUAUAUUUUUGCACCCUACUUACACAAUCCCAUUGAUGGGGUGUUUCCGGCCCAUAGCACGAAAAAUUGUGGAAAAGGUGGUGUGGUCCCUGCGACAUGUGACUAAUUUAAGGUCCAAUUCAAGUUCCUUACAAAGAGAAGUCGACGAAGAUAAUGAGAUUUUAAAAGGAGCAGAAGAUUGUGAUGGUAAACUUAUUGAUUGUUAUGUUCGAAAGGGAAAGGGUUUGAAUCUUCACGAGCUUGCUUGCCUGGCGUUCUGUCGUGCACUUGAUUUGGCUCCUUUUUUGUUGGGGUCUUUAUUAGAGUAUUUUAAAUUUGCUCCACCACCUUUUCAACGUAUUUUGGAAGGAGGAAGAACUUUGGAUUACCUUCAUGAGGCUGAAGGUCGAAUAUCACAUGUCGUGCGGAUAUCUUACCGCGUAUUGCUGACAUCACCUGAGGUGUUCUCUAAGCUUUGGGAUUGGUCUUGUUUCAUGGAUCUUGCAAGGCAGCCAUUAAGCUUGUUGCGCAGCAGUAAAUUGGAGAAGGAUAUAGCAGAUUUAAGAUGGUGUAUAUCACAAAUUCUAUCGGUUAUACUAAAAUUGGGUGAUGCAGGAAUCUUGAAUCUUGGUGUUGGACCUGAAGAAGGGUUUAAGUGUCUGCUACGCUGGGAAGAAUUUUGUCGGGAUGUUUCGUUGGAGAAAGCAAGCACUUUUAUUGAGCCAUCUGAGAAAAUAGAAUCAGAUGAUAUGGUUGAUGUCCAUCAAGAGUGUUUUCUAGAAUCCCGUGGUUUAAUUUCUCUGGGCUUGUCACCGUUCAGCUAUAGUGAGGCAUGGCCUCGUCAUCAAAGGCUCGCAACAGGGGAUGAUGAAGCAGUUAAUGCACCAUUUGUGUUGACGUCGACGACAAAGAGAAGUUUUCAGAUGAUCCUAUUGGCAGUCUCCCAGGGAUGGCCUGUUCUACUGUACGGUCCCACAGGUGUAGGAAAAUCUGCUCUUGUUAGCAAGUUGGCUCGCGACAGUGGAAACCACGUUUUAUACAUUCAAAUGGAUGAUCAGAUUGACAGCAAAACGUUGAUAGGAAGUUAUGUGUGUACGGAGAAACCGGGUGAAUUUAGAUGGCAACCUGGAUCACUUACUCAGGCCAUUCAAAAUGGACUUUGGGUUGUCUUCGAGGACAUUGACAAAGCACCAUCUGAUGUUCACUCCAUCUUGUUACCUUUGCUGGAAGGCGCAAGAUCUUUUGUAACUGGUCACAGUGAGGAAAUAACUGUGUCGGAGAAUUUUCGACUUUUCUCCACCAUUUCAACAUCCAGAUUGCGUACGUCUUCUGGUGCAGGAGGCUUUAAUUUCCCUGGGACUCUGUGGAGGAAAGUUAUGGUCAGGCAGCCAACUCCUGAAGACUUACAAUGUAUAGUGAAGGCAUGGCAUCCAAGAUUGGAUCCUCUUGCUGAAAGGCUAGUUGAAACAUUUGAAAAUAUAAAUGCUGUGAUCAUGCGCAAUACUGGGGACUCAGUUUCCAUGGGCAGGUUUUCAACAAGGGAUCUCCUAAAAUGGUGCAAGCGAAUAGAAGGAUUGGGUUUUAGCUUAAUGGACAACCAGUUAUCAUCUUACCUGUGUCAUUGUAUUUAUCAAGAGGCUGUGGAUGUUUUUUCAGCAUUUUCAACAUCAGCUGAGAACAGGUUGAAAAUAAAGAAGGACAUUGCACGACUGUGGGGAGUUCCAAUUUCGGAAGCAGAGAGAUUACACCCUGAUAUGAAACCUGUAAUUCAGGAUAUGCUCUCGGAGCUAAGAAUUGGGCGCGUCACUCUCCAACGAGCUCAAAAAACUCUACACCAUGGAAAAAAACCAUUCGUUGAAAUUCGUAGAUCUCUGCAUGCGAUUGAAAGAAUAGCAUGCUCUGUCAAGUACAAUGAGCCUGUGCUCUUGGUUGGUGAAACUGGUACGGGGAAAACCACACUUGUACAGAAUAUUGCGUCACGAUUGGGGCAGAAACUCACUGUUUUGAACUUGAGUCAGCAAAGUGAUAUUGCUGACUUGUUGGGGGGAUUUAAGCCUUUGAGUGCACACUAUGUUUGCAUCCCUCUAUACAAGGAAUUUGAGGAGCUGUUCUCAAAGACCUUUUCGGCAAAGGUUAAUCUGACUUUUCUGGAUAGCUUGCGAAAACAUCUGAGUGAUAAAAACUGGAAAGUUUUGUUGAAUGGUAUGCACAAGGGAGUAGAUGCUUUCAAGCAGUCAAAGGUGGAAGAUUCUAGACAUGGGAAAAAGCGGAAGAAACCAUUGAAUGAGGAAGUGGUCAAUGCAUGGAAUAAUCUUUCUGUGAAACUUGAAGCUGCCUGUGCACAAAUUGGUGCAUCAUCUGCUAUGAUCUUCUCAUUUGUUGAAGGAGCUUUUGUAACUGCCCUUCGGAAUGGUCAAUGGAUAUUGCUGGAUGAGGUCAACCUGGCUCCUACAGAGAUUUUGCAGAGAAUUACUGGAGUACUUGAAGGAGAGAAUGGGUCUCUAUGUCUAGCUGAGAGAGGUGAUAUCAGCUACAUAAAGAGGCAUCCCAACUUUCGCAUAUUUGCAUGUAUGAAUCCAGCAACUGAUGCAGGGAAACGGGAAUUGCCAUAUUCUUUGCGGACUAGAUUUACUGAAUACUUCAUUGAUGAUGACUUGGAUGAGGAGGAUCUGACUUUAUUUGUAAAUCAAUUUUUGGAAGGUGGACCUUCGAAGAGAGAAAUGGUAGAAAAAAUUGUGCAUUUUUACAAAGCUGCUAAAAAAGAAUCGGAGGAGAGGCUUCAGGAUGGGGCUAAUCAGAAGCCACAAUUUAGUUUAAGGUCCCUCUUCCGUGCUCUAGAAUACACAAAGAAGGCAGAAAAGAAGUUUACCUUUGAAAAGGCCUUAUAUGAUGGAUUCUGUAUGUUUUUCCUCACUUUGUUGGACAGAUCUAGUGGCAAGAUAAUGAAUCAAAUGAUUUUAUCAUGCUUAUUGGGAGGGAAAAUGCCUGGACAAAAACCAUUUGACUGUUACGUGACAAUCAUGGCAAACUCCGUUCUCAAUGAUUUUGUUGAGAAUUAUGUCUUGACGAAGAGUGUCAGAGAACAACUUGGAAACUUGGCGCGUGCUGUUUUCAUUAAAAGAUAUCCGGUCCUUUUACAGGGUCCCACUUCUAGUGGGAAGACUAGUCUUGUGCGAUAUCUUGCUGCAGUAACUGGUAAUGAAUUUGUGCGCAUCAAUAAUCACGAACACACAGAUCUGCAGGAGUAUCUAGGUUCUUAUGUCACCGAUACUAGUGGGAAGCUUGUUUUCCAUGAAGGUGUUUUAGUUAGGGCUGUCCGCAAUGGUUGUUGGAUUGUUCUGGAUGAGCUUAAUCUAGCCCCAUCUGAUGUGCUGGAAGCAUUGAACCGAUUGCUAGAUGACAACAGAGAGCUUUUUGUGCCUGAAUUGCAAGAGACAAUUAAAGCACAUCCUAAUUUUAUGCUGUUUGCGACUCAAAAUCCACCAACAGUAUAUGGGGGACGUAAAAUGCUUUCUCGAGCAUUUCGUAACCGUUUUGUGGAGAUUCAUGUUGAGGAAAUUCCUGAAGAAGAGAUAAGCAUAAUCUUGGAGAAUAGGUGCAAGAUUAGUGGAAGCUAUGCCAAGAAGAUGGUUGAAGUCAUGAAAGAUUUGCAGUUGCACCGGCAGGGUAGCAAUGUAUUUGCUGGAAAACACGGAUUUAUAACCCCACGUGACUUGUUUCGUUGGGCGAAUCGGGUUAGGUUUCAAGCAAACAAUUCUGAAGAUUGUUUGUCUUCAAAACAUCGCUAUGAAGAUCUAGCUAGAGAAGGUUAUUAUCUUCUGGCUGAAAGAUUGCGGGAUGAUGAUGAGAAAUCUGUUGUUAAAGAUGUUCUCAAGAAACAUUUUCACGUUGAUCUUGAUGAUCAUAACUUGUACAAGCAGGAAUCGUCUGAAGGAUGUGCUGUCAACUUGGACAAUAUUUCCAAUGUUUCAGAGAACUUUGGAAAAGUCACCUGGACGAGGAGCAUGUGGAGGCUGUAUUUUCUUAUUAGACGUUGCUAUGAGUUGCGUGAGCCCAUUCUUCUUGUAGGAGAAACAGGUGGUGGGAAAACUACUGUCUGCCAGUUGCUAAGCACUGUUUUGGGGUCAAAACUGCAUAUUCUGAACUGUCACCAGUACACUGAAACUUCUGAUUUUGUGGGGGGUUUCUAUCCUGUUCGAGAGAGGUCGAGGUUGAUUUCCGAGUUUAAGCGUCUAGUUGAACAUGUGCUGCUUUCAAAUACCUUUCUCUUCCAUCCCAGCACUUUGACAAUUUCAUCAGAUAUUGGUCAAGCUUCUUCAACUCUCAGCCAGCUGGCUAUGAUCAUAAACAGUUAUCGACAAGGUCUGCUAACAUCUCCUAGAGUCACUUCACAAGAUCUGGAGUAUUUCGAGCAAACAAAAGUGGAACUUGAGCAGUUGUACCAGAAAUGGCAGACUAUUUUUAUGUGGCAAGAUGGCCCUCUGGUGCAAGCAAUGAGGGCUGGUCAUCUCUUUCUUGUAGAUGAAAUAUCUCUGGCUAAUGAUAGCGUGCUUGAAAGAUUGAAUAGUGUCUUGGAGCCUGAAAGAACCCUGUCUUUGCCAGAGAAAGGGGGGUCUAUAAUGGAGAAAGUUACUGCUCACAAUGACUUCAUCCUUCUUGCAACCAUGAACCCUGGUGGUGAUUAUGGUAAAAAGGAGCUGUCACCUGCUCUUCGUAAUAGAUUUACAGAAAUCUGGGUACCUUCUGUUGGUGAUCCUAGUGAACUUAGAAGUAUUGCUCAGCAAAGCAUAUCCAAGCCAGAGCUUCUGUCUGUCGUGGAUCCCAUUAUAAACUUUUGGGAGUGGUUUAACAGAUUACAGACUGGGAGAACACUGACUGUGAGAGAUCUCCUCUCUUGGGUUUCUUUUGUUAACGAGACUGAGAGAAAUUUGGGUGCCAAGUCUGCCUUGCUUCAUGGGUCUUUCCUUGUUCUCCUUGAUGGACUGACUUUAGGGACCGGAAUCUCUAAGAGUGAUGCAGAAGAGCUGAAAGACAAAUGCCUGCAUUUUCUUUUGGGACAAUUACAGGUAGAUGACGAUAGUGCUGACUACCCAGAACUUUCAAGGAUAGAAAAUUAUGGUUGGGGUGAAGCUAUAAUGGGAAAAAUUUUGUCUGGCAAUCAUAAUGUGCAACUUGAUACUACAUUUGGUAUUGAUCCAUUUUACAUUGAGAAAGGAAAUGAAAAUUGCGAGGUUGGGGGGUUUGAAUUUUUAGCACCAACAACACGAAGAAAUGCCUUGAGGGUACUGCGGGCAAUGCAGCUUAGAAAGCCUGUUCUGCUUGAAGGCAGUCCUGGUGUUGGGAAGACUAGUUUAGUUGUUGCUUUGGGCAAGUUCUCUGGGCAUAGAGUUGUAAGAAUUAACCUAUCUGAGCAGACUGAUAUGAUGGAUUUGCUGGGCUCAGAUUUACCUGUUGACAGUGAUGAAGGAAUGAAGUUUGCUUGGUCGGAUGGUAUUCUUUUACAGGCACUUAAGGAGGGUUGUUGGGUGCUGCUUGAUGAGCUGAAUCUUGCUCCACAAUCCGUGUUAGAGGGUUUGAAUGCUAUUCUAGAUCAUCGAGCUGAGAUUUUUAUCCCAGAGCUGGGUCUUACCUUCAAAUGCCCACCAUCUUUCAGAAUAUUUGCAUGUCAAAAUCCUUCAAGUCAAGGUGGAGGCCGAAAAGGCCUUCCAAAGUCCUUCCUCAACCGUUUCAUGAAGGUUUACGUGGAUGAAUUAGUUGAAGAUGACUACCUCUCCAUCUGCAGUUCAUUAUAUCCAUCAAUUCCAAGAUCUCUUCUUUCCAAGUUAAUAUCAUUCAACAAAAGGUUAUAUGAGGAAACAAUGAUUUUCCGCAAGUUCGCACAGGAUGGCUCACCUUGGGAAUUUAAUCUGCGUGAUGUAAUCAGGUCAUGUCAAAUUAUCCAAGAUGCACCAGUCAAGUCGAAAGAUGACUGUUUCCUCAAUCUUGUGUAUGUCCAAAGAAUGCGUACAGCAACUGAUCGUAAAGAAGUUCUACGCCUGUAUGAACAGGUUUUUGAGGUCAAGCCGUUUAUAAAUCCUUUCCCGCGAGUGCAACUAACUUCUCAUUACUUGAUAGUGGGGAAUUCUGCCAUUAGAAGGAACAAUGAGCUGUCACCUAUAGUUUCAAAUAAGCUGAAAAUUGUGCCUGGAAUGCGUCAAAACCUGGAAGCUGCUGCUGAUUGCGUAAAGUAUCAAUGGUUGUGUAUCUUGAUUGGUCCUUCUUCAUCUGGCAAGACUUCACUUAUCAGAAUCCUUGCUCAACUCACUGGCAAUGUUCUGAACGAAUUAAAUCUUUCGUCAGCAACAGACAUAUCUGAACUGCUUGGUUGCUUUGAGCAAUAUAGUAUUUUUCGCAAUCUGCGCUAUGUUGCUUCUCAAAUUGCACAUUACAUGAAUGAACUUUGCCGAUUACAAGUAGAAUACUCUAUGGAAUCAUUUAUAAGUGGAAAGAAAGAUUUGAUUUCGGAAUGGCGUGCAUUCCUUUCUCACGUUGACUCUGGUAUCGUGUCCGGAUCUGAUUCAGGGAAUUUGAAGGAAAGAAUUUCCAGUUCAUUUAGUGUGCUAAUCAAAAUUGUUGAUCAACUUAAGUUGGAUAGAGAGGGAAGCUCCUUGCCCUUUUCUUGGUCAACGGAGGAAUUAGAUAAUAUCCGAAAUAGAAUUCUGAAAUUGAAAGAACUUCACCAAAGGAUGACUGUUUCAGCCAAAUUUGAAUGGGUUACUGGAGUACUGGUAAGAGCCAUUGAAAAAGGAGAAUGGAUUGUUCUGGAGGAUGCGAAUCUUUGCAAUCCCACGGUACUCGAUAGGAUUAACUCUUUGGUGGAGCCUAGUGGGUCAAUUACCAUUAAUGAAUGUGGGACAGUUGAUGGGAAGCCUGUUGUUCUACAUCCACACCCUAAUUUUCGAAUGUUCCUUACAGUCAACCCAAACCACGGUGACGUUUCACGAGCCAUGAGGAACAGAGGAGUUGAAAUAUUUAUGAUGCCUCCUUUUUGGCUACUUGAUUGGAAAAGUGGAUGUUAUGUUGAUGAGAUGACACUGAAAGACGUCAAAAGAUUCCUUGUUGAAUCAGGCAUUCCCUAUGGCACGUUGGUGGAUGCAAUGGCUACAGCACAUAUUUAUGCCAGGGAUGAAGGUUUACGUGUACAUGUUCAAGUCACAUACUUUGAGCUUGCACGAUGGAUACAGUUAUUCCAGCGCCUUCUUGCAGAUGGCAACCGGCCUUUGUGGAGCCUUCAAAUAAGUUGGGAGCAUACUUAUUUAUCUUCUUUUGGGGAGUCUGAAGGGGAAACUAUUGUCAGCCAUGCUAAGCAUGCGUUUCUAUCAGGCCCUGCCUUCCAUGUGGCCCAUCCUGCAUAUCCCCUAUUUUUGCCCGGAGGGUGGCCAUUGCCCUUGAACUUGGGGAACUUUGUCCGCUAUCCAAAGGAGACUUCAAUUAAACAGAAUUGCAUUUAUGUUGAGUUCCUUGGGGCAAGAUGUGCAUAUUUUGAAUAUAAAACCACUAAUGGUGUGCACUAUGUGGAUCAAGCUUUAGCUGUGAGUGACUCUGCAAUGCCUUACUUAAUGGAUGUUGAGACAUUGCUUCAGAUUAUGUUUCCUAAGGAUACAAGUCAAAGGCUUUUGUGUCAUGGGAGAGAAACAACAUCUGAUUUGGCUCUUGUCAGUAAGAUGCUACUUUUCGCUGCUAACUGGGCAAUUGAGCAGGCAACGGACAGUGAUCUGAACCUGUAUCUCCUUUGGUUCAGUUGGUUUGAUUCUCAGUUACAUCCCUUCUCUCAGACUUUUAAUUCCUUCUUGAAUUCAUUUAGAAAGGAGUUGAAACAUCCUAUCUGGCAAUAUAUAAUGUCAUGUAGUCACAAGCUUGAUCUCUUGAUGAAAUGGGAGUCGCAUCCAAUACCUUUGCUUUCAUCUGAAUUAGUUGAUUUAGUUGCUAUGAGUGAUGCCUCAGCUUUGUCCAGUACCUUCCUCUGGAAUGCCAUUCAGUCUGUGGUCCUGCUGAGGCACAGUUAUCGACAGUGGAAUUCUGAGAAAAGGCACAACUUGACUGGCGAAUUUAAGAAUCUGCUUCCAUUGUUAAAAUCGUUGCGUAUUCUGGAGAAGCAGAUUUUGAAUAUACUUAUUGAGUCUCCGUGCUUCGAUGUUCUGUUCAAUUUGUAUAGUCGCCUUCUUGAGGAUCACAUGCAAUUUUGGGAAAGUGUUGUAUCAUCCCAGUUUGAGACCUUGCUGGUUUUUUGGCGUUCCUUGUUGAAGGUUGCUGAGAAAUUGCAGGCUUUUCAUCCACAGGCUGCUUCAACCAUAGCUGCUCUGGAGGAGAGUAGGAAUCUGGUUGGAGCCUCUUCCUGGAACUUACGUCCCAAUAAGUCCUUGCUAUGGGUAAAUUGUGGGCAUCCUCUGUCGCCACAUUCUGCUGAUGUGUAUCAUAAACAGCUCAACAUAUUCAAGCUUUGUGAAUCAAUUUGGAAGCAUUCUGGUGACCGCAUUGACCUCAUUGCAUCUUCCUGUCUUGAUCUCCGCAUCUUGGCAAUGCAAGGUGUUUGCCUUGCGGCACAACUAUCAAAUAAUCGCAAUGAAGAUCAAAACGUGAUUGUCCAGCAAUUGGAUGAGAUCCAUGAGAAGCUCUUGGAAAGGUUUGAAUAUGAGAAGCGCAAAGUGGAGACUAGUAUGAGAUCCGAUGAAGAUGCAUCUAUUGAAGCAGACUCAGCUGCUUGUUGUGUUCUCCUUCCUCAGAUAUUGUGUUCUGACUUGGGAUUUUCUUGUUGGAUGGAGACUUGUCCAAUGAAUGAUUGCACUAGUUUUUUCCUCAACACUCAGUUGCUUCAAAAUUUAUCAUCCGUCGUGUUGAUUGGUCCUACAGAAUCCCACCAAGCUCUAAGCAGGGUUUCUCACCUUCUGGAGUCUUCUCUGAACUUUUCUUUGACCUUCUCAUCAAGACCGCCGCAGAUGUUUUCUCCACAUCAAAAAGCUCUGUGGACAUUGGAUUCAUGGAUGUCUAUUGAUGCAGUGGAUGUGAGAAUCGCGGCUAUAGUUCUUGAAAUGUGGUGUAUGUGGCACGCAUCUCUGUGGAGUCUUUGCUUUCCAUCCUUCACGAAAUCCUUGAGGCAUGAUGGUUAUGAUAUUCCAUUAGCUGAUGUGAUCAUGCGGCCUUUGAGAACAGCAAUGACAGUACAGAUGCAGCAACGUUCAUUUUCUGCCAAGGAGUAUUCAACGCACUGUCUGAAGGUUAGAGUUGCUUCAUCCAAUAUCUGGAGAAGUACUGCACCAGUAACGGAUAUACCUAGUUUUCUCCUAUCUUCUGCUCGAGUGCUUUUAUCGCAGAUCAUAUUUGCCCACCAGAAGUCUUUCCAUACAGAAAACUUUGCUGCGAUCAAGUCUAUCAUUUCUUCAUUACAUGAUAGUGGAGUGAAGGAAAAUAGCAUUCAGCUGCUGAGCACACUUAUUUUGUCAUCAAGCCAUGAAGGACUGAGACGCUUGGUGCAAACUUCCAUUGAGCCAGCCUUUAGAGAACUUUAUGUUCACUGCUCACGUUCUGAUAUUCAAUACCUUGGACACGCAUGGCUACAUAUUGGUGGCAUGCGGUAUCACCUCUUGGUUAACUCUGAUGAUUUGGAUCCUGCGCUGAAGUACUCUUGUAAGCAGUCAUUCCUAGCAAAGAAGAUUUCUUUGCUUGAACUUGAAAUAGAGGUGCGAGAAGAAUGCAAUUAUUUAGCUGGGAGUUUCUCCGCAAGACAGGACGAUAAGCAGAGAUUGCAAGUUUUAGAGCAUCUAAAGAGAGAACGUGACAGGAUUCAAAGAAAGGUUGUGUUUCGCUCAGAUCCUAGGAAAUUCAGAAAGUUAAGAGGCGAAUUAAUUGAUUUUUCUGUUCUAGUCAAAUCAUUGAUGCUCUUGAUGAGCAAUAUUGAAGGGACAGAUCCAGUUCAGAUUAUCCAGCAAACCUGUGACUGGCAGAAAACUUCUACCUCCUUUAUUGAUCGAAUGUCACAUGAGUACAUUGAGUAUCUUGAUAUAGUUCAGCCAGUUCAAGUUGCAGUCUACGAGAUGAAAUUGGGCUUAUCUUUGGUUUUGUCAACAAUCUUAAAGGAAAGUUUUCUGAAGAAACUAUUGGAGGACAAUAUGGAGCGAGUUUUGGGAACUCUUCACAUGUUUAUGAGAUUCCCUAGAUGUGGAUUUUACAAAUCUGUUGACGUUAAACUCGUCAGUGGGCUGCUUGACGUCUCAUCGUAUGAACUAGAUUUUCCAUCAAUUUUUUCAUCAGCAGAUGUAACACUGCUUGAGAAGUUGGUUUCUGUUGCAUGUGGCACCGAUGCUGAUGAAAUGGGUGUAUCCACCCAGCAACUUAAAGCCUCUGUUCAACACAACAUUCUUGUUCGGAUUGCUCAUUAUGUGGCUAAUUCACGACUUCUGAGUGACUCAUCAUUCGUGAUAAUGGAGAAAAUCUUUGCAACAUUUGCCAACCUUUGGAUGGUCAUGAAAGUUCAAGCAAAAAUAAAAGAAGAAUCUUCUUCUCAGCAAUUCAAAUUUAAACCUCGAGCAUUUGACAUUGACACUGUUGUUGAAGUAAACAUAUCUAGUCUUAGACAGUCAUUUGCAAGCGAAAGCUUUCUAGAGUGGCAAGAGUUGGCUGUGGAAGAAGAAAGCACUGAAAGGGCCGAUGAGGUUGAAAGUGUGGAUGAUGCAUGGAGUUCCAUUCAAGAACCUGUUUUGAAUGACAUGGUUCAAAUCCACAAUCAGUUAUUUGGGUCGACCGAUCUUGUUGUUGGGCCUGGAAGUUUCAGAAUGUCUGAUGAAAACAUUUUGAGAAACUUCAUGGAAUCGUACAGAUUGGGAGCAGGAAUGAUCAAAGAUUUAGGAAGUCCCAAUCUUGCUAGUUUGGACACAAGUCUUAUGCCGGAGCACAUGCUUAAUCUUUCUUUGAGUCAUAUUUCAUCCACUCUCUCUGGCCGUGGAUAUAAUUUUUAUAAGGAUUCAAAUGCGCUCGAUAUGUAUAUGAUGGUCAAGCUCCUUCUCCCAUUGGAAAAAGUCAUUCUUGCUCUUAUGAGCGAGUGGGAAGAUCAUCCUGGACUUCAGAAAAUUUUGGAUGUGAUUAGAAUGCUGUUGGCACUUCCUGUGGAUACUCCCCUGGCUAAGGCUCUUUCAGGAUUGCAGUUCUUGCUCAACCGGGCUCAUGUGUUAAAAGAUAGUAUGCCUAGAUUGUCUCUAUAUGAUCAACUGGAGCCUAUUGUUGGAUUGGUGUCCUCAUGGCAAAAGAAGGAAUUUGAGUGUUGGCCAGUAUUGCUAGAUGAGGUGCAGAAUCAGUAUGAGAUGAAUGCAGCCAAGCUCUGGUUCCCAUUAUAUACAGUUAUUUAUAGUCAUUCUGCUGAUGUUUCAGCAUACAAUGAGUCUACGAUACAAAGUUUGGAGGACUUCAUUCAGACAUCAAAUGUAGGUGAAUUUAGAAGACGCAUCCAGUUGAUUCUUGCUUUUCACGGUCAAAUCAACACAGGCCUCCAACUUGGAAUAUAUGCAAGUUCUUGUCACAAGGAAAAUCUGAAAGUUCUCUACAAUUUAUUUGGACUUAACAUGCAAUUUCUGCCAAUAAUACUGGAGUAUAUGGAGGCUAGUAGAAGAAGUAUUGAGAUGGAAAUUAAAGAACUUAUGAAACUUUAUAAGUGGGAAGAGCGUGUUGAGAGCUGCUUGUCGAUUGAGACUUCAAAAAGGAUGAGGCACAGGUUCAGGAAGCUUGUGCAAAAGUACAGUGAUGUACUGCAGCAAUCUGUGAAAUCCAUUCUGAACCAAAAAACAGCACAAAGUGGAAUAGAUGCUCAGUCUCUUCGUUCUCCAAAAUUUUUACAUGUUUUUCCAGAUGACAACAAAGGGAUACUGAACACUGCUUUUGAUCUGACAGCUGUUGACAACAAAGACCGAUUUGUCUGGUACACAAAUUGGAGGAUGAAAGUAUGUGAUGUUUCAGAGAAUUCGAACACUGGGAUGACUCCUGAAUCUGUCAAGCUGUUGUCACUCUUUAAACAUUCUGAAGAGGCUAACGAUAUCAGGAAGUGUUCAGCUACUUGGAUGGUUUUAUAUGAGGAAGAAUGGAAGGAACUUUGGUCAACUCUUGAAAAUGUGUCUAGGGCUGUAUUGGAUUGUGGCAAUCUGUGGAAAGAUGUGACUAAAAAUAUACGAAAGAGAAGGGCAAUGGCUGAUCUCCUAAAGUAUUUAGAAAGCUCAGGCUUAUCGAGGCACAUGUCAACAUUGAUGGAGGAUCAACUUGACUCUGGCUGGUUGCAUCGGUCGUCACAUAUAAUGGGGCAUCUGCUGUCAACAUGUUGUAGACUGUCAUCGAGGGUUGUGGAUGUUUCUUCUCCUGUUGAUUCUCAAGGCAUUCCAAUUGACACGUUGGAAAGUGAGUGGAAGAUAGCCAACGAAUACUACUUCAAGAGCAUUGCAUCAAUGCAGCUUCUACAGCAUAUUCGAUGGAACUUCCACAAAGAUUUCACUCUUGAUCAGGUCACUCGAUCGUUCUCUUUUGUGUCUCAUCUAAUAGUCAUUCAGGAAGAGCAGCGGGAUGCGAUAUAUGAUUUAGCUCAUCAUUUGAAGUGCUUGCAUAGAUGUGUAUCUACUCUUGAACAUGUAUAUUCCGAUUCAUCUCUGGAGUGCACCAUUGCUAGGAAUCAGCAUGCCACAUUGGAAUGCUUGUGGCGACAAAAGCAACUAUUUGACAGCUUGUGGGCCAUGUUACAUGAUGGUUUGCUGUUGCUAAAAGAGGUGCAGAACACUCAUCUGAAUAACUGUCAAAGUGUUCGUGCAGCUGCAAAUGAAAUUCAAACCUUUCUUGAGAGGUUCAUUCCGGUCAUCCACAAAUCAAAGGAAGCAUUGGAUAAUAAUCUUCUCAGUCGUGAUGGAGCCAUAAACAUGGUCAGUGGAUCCUUGGAUGCCCUUGUAAUUUCAACAGAUGAGGAAAGGCUGGUAUUCCAGAAUUUUGAGGUGCUAAAGGAGUUUGAGGAGCAUCUCAUUUCAUUUCGCAAUCAAAGUCGUGAUGGAAGCUCUGUCAGGUUCAUAUUGCUUGGUCAUUUGGAUUACAUACUCAAGCAGGGGAAACAGAUGCAGGAACAGUUCAGAUUUGCCCUAGGAGCGAGAAUGGAGUCGACAUCUUCACUCUACUCUGAGCUCGAAGCGGAAUUUCAUGGGGCCUUAACAGUGGCAUACGAACAUGUUAUGCACGUGUUGCACCAACUUACCUCGGUCCGUGAUGGUUGUGAUCUUUCUAAAGAAUCACAGCAGAAUAUCACCUCAUGGAAAACUCUGUUCAAAGCUUAUGCAACAGAUUUAAACAUAGGGCCAUUAUGUGACGAAACUUUUAGAGCAAUUUGUCUGGCGGAAAAAUUAAUUAAUUUCCCUGGUCAAGAAAAUGCGGGGCUGUCUUUGCAAAUUGGGUUGUAUUUUAACAAAUUGCGAACAAUGUUGAACGUACUUUUGGAUUUCGGGAAUGCUCUUCUGAGAGAUCUUUUGAUUGUGAACAGAACAGUUUCUUUGAUGACUUAUACACUUGCUAAAGAUCUAGCUCUGUUAUACUCAAGAGGAUUUGGCACAUCUCCUGAAGAUCAGGUGGAUGAGAGUGGCGAUGCCACAUCUCAGAAUGAUAGAGGGACGGGUAUGGGUGAGGGGGAAGGAACCAAUGAUGUGAGUGAUCAAAUAAUUGAUGAGGAUCAGCUUCUUGGAGAUUCUGCAAAGCCAGGAGAAGAACAAAAUGCCUCCACAGAAGUCCCAAACAAGGAUGAGAAAGGGAUUGAAAUGGAGCAGGAUUUUGCAGCUGAUACGUUUAGCUUGAGUCAGGAUUCCACGGAUGACGAAAAUGAUAACAGCGAUGGUGAGGAACUUGAAUCUGCAAUGGGAAAAAAUGGGGAUGACAGUGAGGUUGUUGAUGAGAGACUUUGGAACAAGGAUGAUGAUAACAGCCCAGAAAAGGGUAAUGAGAAGCAUGAAUCUGGACCUUCAGUCAGAGAUAGAGAUGAGAACCAAAGGGAACUCAGAGCGAAGGAAGAAGGUGCAACGGAUGAAGAUCACAGUAAUAAUGCCGAUGAAACAAAUGAUGCUGCUGAUGUGGAGGAUAUGGACACAAAUAUGGAUGACAAAAAAGCGGAUAUGGAUGACGAAAAAGCGGAUAUGGAUUCUUCUGGAUUGGAGGUCAAUGAGUUGAAUCAAACUUCUGAAGAGGGCAUGCAGAUUGAUGAUGAAGUAAAGGAUAUUGAUGCUAUGGAAGAAGCAGGUGAAGAAGCAGGUGAAGAAGAGCAAGAUGAACCAGUGGAGAACGAAUAUCAGCAAGAGAAGACCGAUGCUGUGGAUGAAAGUCUGGAGGCAGAAAUUGAGCAAGCAACUGAAACUUCUCGACAGGAUGGAGAUGCUGACUCUGAAGAUACUCAAGCAAUGGAUUUAACAGCAGAGAAAGACUUUCCAGGUAAAGAAAGUUCCAGGAAUGAUGAUGAUUAUGUACCUAUGGCAGAUUCAGGAGUACAACUGAGGCAUGACUUAGGAGCAUCUGAUUCAGUGAAUGAAAGGCCAGAAAUGAACUGGUCCAAUAGCAGCAAUACUCAAAAUGAAGUAGCCCCUGGCAGAAACUCACCUUCUGGUAUUGAACCUGAAAUUGUGGUUGCUGAUUCAUCAGAUGGUGGUAGAUUGAGCGAUGAUCAACCGAAACACCAGCUACCUUUGGAUGAACCAUCACCUCUUCAAAGACCACAGCCAAAUCCGUAUCGCAGCAUAGGGGAUGCACUUGAAGGUUGGAAAGAGAGAGCCAAAAUUCCUGUUGAUAUUCAAGAAGACAAAAAGGAGGCACAGGAUGAGAUGGAGGAUGGAAAUGCAGAUGAGUAUGCUUUUGUUUCUGAGGGUGAGAAGGGGACAGCGCAAGCUUUGGGACCUGCAACCGCUGAACAGAUUGAGCACCAAAUUGAUGGUGACAUGGUCAAUGAAAAGAAUUCAGCAGUAGACCGUACCGAUGAAGUUGCUGAGAUGGAAACUGAGAUGCCGAGUUCAGAAGAGCCUAGACAUGAUGUUACUUCAGUCAGGAGGAAAAAAUCUGAGGAGACCUCAUUGGUCUCUGACAUGGACAAGUUGCCUAAUGAAGGAUCCCCUCAUGGCCAGGAUCCUUGUGAAAGUAAUCCUGGGAAUUUGUCUGAGAGCUUGGUUUGUAUCAACAAAGUACCUACGAGCGAUGACAUUCUUCAGCUCAGUGAAAUGUCUAUUGGUGUUGACAAUCCGCAGAAUGGCCCAGAUUCCCAAGAUAUUUCCAGCGAUGCAAGAGAAAAUGCUGCCUCUCUUUGGAGGAGAUAUGAAUUGCGUACUACGAGACUGUCUCAGGAGUUGGCUGAACAACUGCGUCUAGUGAUGGAACCCACUUUAGCUAGUAAGCUCCAAGGAGACUAUAAAACUGGCAAAAGGAUAAACAUGAAGAAGGUUAUUCCAUACAUAGCGAGUCAUUACCGAAGGGACAAAAUAUGGCUGAGGAGAACGCGACCGGACAAACGCGAUUACCAAGUCGUGAUAGCUAUUGAUGAUUCUCGUAGCAUGUCAGAGAGUGGUUGUGGAGAUGUAGCCGUGGAAGCUUUGGUUACAGUGUGCCGUGCUCUAUCCCAACUCGAAAUGGGUAAUCUGGCUGUUGCGAGUUUUGGAAAAAAGGGUAACAUAAGAUUGCUGCAUGAUUUUGAUCUGCCUUUCACAAGGGAGGCUGGAAUCAAGAUGGUCUCCAGUUUGACGUUCAAGCAAGAGAACACAAUUGUCGAAGAACCAGUUGUUGACCUGUUGAAGAAUUUAAACAAGAUGCUGGACGUUGCUGUCACCAAAGCCCGUCUUCCUUCUGGACAGAACCCAUUGCAGCAGCUAGUGCUGAUCAUUGCUGACGGGCGCUUCCAUGAGAAAGAGAGCUUAAAGCGCCGUGUCAGGGAUUUCCUGAAUAGCAAGCGCUUGGUGGCUUUUCUCCUUCUCGAUAGUCCGGAGGAAUCAAUCAUGGAUCUCAUGGAAGCAACCUUCCAGGGUGGGAAUAUCAAAUUUUCUAAAUAUCUGGAUUCUUUUCCUUUCCCAUACUACAUUCUUCUGCGGAACAUCGAGGCACUGCCCAGAACUCUCGCCGAUUUAUUGAGACAGUGGUUUGAGCUAAUGCAGUCGUCUUCACGAGACUAGAUCGUUGCAUAAGACUUCCUAUAAUGAUGCCAAGGAAGCCAAUGCCUCGCUCGAGCGAAAGGGCCAUAUCUUCGGGGCGGCAACGGUGUCGGAUCAUCAUUUUAUCGCGCUUGGAUGGAACACAAGAUCGACACGGUGCUACUGCUCCUCUUAAAUCCGGCAAAAGAUGGUUGGUCCUAGAGAAAGAUUCUCUGGACCUACAUGUUCAGGUCAAACCACACCAUGGAACCAGCAAAAGAUUUUUGUGUACAUAAUAGUUCACAAGAGUUACCACCAAUUCUUUUCUGUACACCAAAGGGCUGUAUGCAUUUCGAAUAAUGUAAAUACUGCAGCAGCAUCUUUGCACAAAUUCAUAUCAGGUUCUCCCUCGAUAAGUAAUCAACUCUCGUCGAUGAAGGCCUUCAACCAUCGAUUUCUAGGUUAUGCUUGCAACAAUUGUCUUUGUCAAGAUGAACGCCGACGGAGUUUAGAAUUUCAUAACAUAGAAACGCGUCUAUUAACGGCAUUUGACGUCA